GAACGUUCAUGUUCAUGCUCGUUUUCGCACUGCAUGUGACCGCCGGGGCAUGAACACGCGCGUCUCAUAAUCGGACCGAAUCAGUUUUUUUUAUUUUAUUUUAAUUGUGCCGCGACGAAGUGUAACCGACAGCAGUUUCAUUAUUUUCGUAUACGCCGUUGUACCACGCGACCGUGCGAAAUCGUGUCACGCCGCCAUAACGAGACGUUGAAAAUAACGUGUGGUGUCGACAAACCUGUGAUCGUCGCCGAACCCAGAAUCACCGGAGCUUCAGGCCCCACGACUCGUGCGAUUUUUAAUGUUUUGUACCAAUUGUGGAAACGAGGAUGGAUACUCGAAACGAGAUGAAUCUUCAGUUUUUAGAUUUACAUGAUUUAACUGAUAAUGAUAAGCGUCAGAUAUUUACCAUUCUUAAAUCUGACAUUACUGAAGCCUUAAAACUACCAUGGGACGCGAAAGAUAUAGAGGGUAAUAACAAUAACGUUGAUUCUGUCGGAAUAACACAAGUACCAGAACUUCAACAACAUCAUUGGUAUAAUGCUAUGCCACCGGCGCCUACUUAUCCGCAACAAUUGAUGACGCAAAUGUGUAAUGACUGGCAAGCAUCAAUGUACAAUGUUUCCGCGAACGGCCACAUUCCACCGUUUAUAUCUGGAGUGGCAUAUGCCCAUCCUGGAUAUAGUCUUGGCGCCGAGAUUCAAGAAAUGAAUUACAGUAGAGAAAAUGGACGCCGCAACAGUCGGGGCAGAGGUAUAAGGAGAGAUAAUUAUAAUCGAAUACUUAAUCCCACUAAUGAAGUCCAGUCGGGAUACAUCGGCGAUCAGACGCAAUAUCAGAUACCGAUCAUGUACAUCUAUCCUGAUCAUUCUGUCUCUACACAACAACAUCAAGUAGCUACCGGACAGGUCUAUUUCACACAACCAAUGUAUUCAACGAUUCCUCAUCCGCAUUCAAAUGCGCAAUCAGUUUCAUCCAAUUCGCAUGCACAUCUGACUUAUCCUCAACCGAAUCAUCAAGCGCCGCAGAUAAACAGAUCCGUGCGACAAUCUGUACCAUCCCAACAACCAAACCAAGAACCUAUGAAAGAACCUGUCGUUCCAUUUCAAAAAUAUGCGCAAAGCACUUCUGAUAAAUCAACGCAUCAAAUAAAUGAAGAUAACUCCUUGCCAAGUAACGUCGCUAAUACUGUUAUUGUAAAUAAUCCUACGUUAGAGUCCCAUGUGAAAAACAUAAAUGAAAGCACUGCCGAUAAAAAAAAUGUGACUAAUAAUGAAAAGAUUGAUGCAAAACUCCAAAACAAUAUUGUAUGGACUGUAAAUGAGAAUUGUAAUGGCACGGAAAAAGUUGACAUGCCAUCUGUAAUAAAUACUAAUAUUGACGUCAAGGUAAACCAAAAUAAUGAGGCGGAUAAGAAAUUUAAAAAUGAAACUGUAUCCAAUAUUACAACAAAUAUCGUCAAAACUUCGCCUAAACCUAUCUCUAAGACAGAAAAAAAUGAAACACAAAUUGAGGAAAAUAUUGCAUUGAAAGAUUCCCAAGAUAAGACUAUUAUUAAAUCGCCAAACAACUCCUUUGCUAUGCCAAAUGACUCUUUAAGCACACCAAGUACUUCAUCAUCAUCUAUACCUGAAACACCACCUGCGGCUCCAACCAUCAGAUCCUUUGCUAGUCUUUUUAAGAAAGACAGUACAUCAGAGACACAUACUUCGUGCAAACCCACAGAACAUAUAAUUUGUCAAAAUGAAUCACCAAAAACCAUGGUCCAAAAAGAAUCAAUUAGUCCUGUUCGUACUCCAGAGAAUCAAAAUAAUUCAUCUAGCACACCAACUCUACAAAAUGGCAUACUACAAAAUUGUUAUGACGAUCCUAAUACGUACAGGAUAGGUGAAUUUUUGUUGGGUUAUCAAAUGGACAAGCAAACAGUGAGCUUAUUACCGAGGGGAUUAACAAAUCGCAGCAAUUACUGUUAUAUCAAUAGUAUCUUACAAGCUUUACUGGCUUGUCCACCAUUCUAUAAUCUUCUCAUAGCUUUACCACUUCCUAAAAACCGAAGCAGAAAUUCUGCUACGCCCUUGAUUGAUAACAUGGUCAAAUUUGUUCGUGAAUUUACACCCUUGACAGAGGCCGCUCGUAUGCCCAGAAAAGAUAGAGUUAAACGAGGAGAAGAUACUGUCAUGGACAUAUAUAGCGGUGUUGCAUUUGAACCAGCAUAUGUAUAUACAAUGUUAAAACAUACUUCGGCUUCUUGUGCUUUUUCUGUGGAAGGACGACAGGAAGAUGCGGAAGAAUUCUUAUCAUGUCUUUUAAAUGGAAUCAAUGACGAAAUGUUGGAUGUGACAAAAUUAAUUAACAAUGAUCAAAAUGCAAUUGGUAAUGCGAAAAAUAUUAGCAACGAUCACGAUGAGGAAGAGUGGCAGGUAAUGGGACCAAAAAAUAAAGGUGCUGUCACGCGGUGUACAGAAUUCGGAAGAACACCAAUAUCUGAUAUUUUCCGCGGACAAUUACGAUCCAGAGUGUCAAGAGCAGGAGAACAACCAACGGAUAAUGUACAACCAUUUUUCACACUGCAGUUGGAUGUUCAAAAAGCCGAAUCUGUAAAACACGCUCUUGAGAUUCUCGUCGGUAAAGAUCAGGUAGAAGGACUGACUUGCAGUAAAACGAGACAACAAAUAGAGGCUUGGAAACAAGUUACUUUAGAGGAAUUGCCAGUCAUCCUCAUAUUACAUCUAAAAUGGUUCGUGUAUAAGUUCGAUAAGUAUUCCAAUGGCUGUUCCAAAAUAUUAAAGACUAUGGAAUUCCCUAUCGACUUAAAAAUUGAUGGCAAAUUUUUAUCACCGAACACUGCGAAAAAAUUAGGACCCAAACAAAAACAAUACAAAUUAUUCGCGGUGACAUAUCACGAUGGGAAGGAAGCCACCAAGGGACAUUACUUCACUGACGCCUUCCACGUAGGAUAUGGCUGCUGGGUUAGGUAUGACGACAGUACGGUGAAGAGUGUUACAGAGAAUAACGUACUGAGGCCCACCUCACCUAGGGUACCUUAUUUACUCUAUUACCGAAGAUGUGACACGAUUGGAAAUAACCAAUCAAGUAGUGCGAAAGCACAUUGA